CGUCAAUUGAUUCAAUAGGAACGUCCUGCCAGGAUCAUCAUCUGUGUUCAUUAUUUGGACAGCGAUUGUUUAUCUGUCACGCCGAAAAAUGCUGAUCAGCUGUGCAAUUCGAACGACGUGUCACCGGAGCCAGCUGAUCAGACAUGCUUCAACCUUGCUGCGGAGCCAGGCUUACAUCGACGGUCAAUGGGUCGACGCAUCGAAAGGGGCGAAGUUUCCCGUUCAUAACCCCUCCACGAAUGAGGAGAUCGCGAAGGUAGCGGACUGCACCAGUGAGGAUGUAGACAAGGCAGUCAAAGCCGCCUCAACGGCGUUCGAGACCUUCAGUCAGACAUCGGCGAAAGAGAGGAGCGCUUUACUGAGGAAACUCUUUGAUUUGCACAAUGAACACCAAAAGGAGUUGGCUGAAAUAAUGACCCUGGAGAACGGCAAACCGCUGCGCGAAGCCAUCGGCGAAAUCGUGUACGGAGCGUCUUUCUUGGAAUGGUUCUCCGAGGAGGCGAGACGGGUCUACGGAGACAUCAUACCGGCGAACACGACGGACCGAGAAAUUCUUGCGAUCAAACAACCCAUAGGCGUAGCGGCCAUCAUAACACCGUGGAACUUUCCAAACGCGAUGAUCACUCGCAAAAUCGGAGCCGCGCUCGCGGUCGGUUGUACUUGCGUCAUCAAACCAGCCGAGGACACCCCUCUGUCGGCAUUGGCGAUCGCCGAUCUCGCGGAAAAAGCGGGCUAUCCUAGAGGAGUCAUCAACGUUCUUCCGGCCUCGCGAGAGAACACACCCCAAGUGGGUAGCGGGCUCGCGAAUCAUCCUGACGUACAUGCGCUCAGCUUCACUGGGAGCACUCAAGUCGGAAAGCUGCUCCUGAAGCAAAGUGCCUCGAGCGUCAAAAAGGUUUCGCUCGAGUUGGGCGGCAAUGCGCCAUUCAUUGUAUUCGAUUCCGCUGAUGUCGACAGAGCGGUUGUCGGGCUGAUGGGGGCCAAAUUCAGAAACACGGGACAGACCUGUGUUUCCGCCAAUCGUAUUUUCGUUCAGUCGAAAAUCUACGACGCUUUCAUCGACAAACUGAAGGACGCGAUGAGGGCUCAACUCCACGUAGGAGAUGGUUUCAAAGACGCAUCGACGUGCGGCCCUCUCAUCAAUAAGCGGGCAGUCGAGAAAGUGUCUCAACACCUGCAGGACAUCCGGAGCAAGGGUGGUCGAAUAGUCUUAGAAGGAAGCAUCAAGGGGAAUUUCGUGGAUCCCAUCCUCGCAGCUGAUGUUACCUCAGAGAUGUUGGUCUGCAGCGAAGAAACUUUCGGACCUCUGGUAGCUGUGAUUCGUUUCGACACUGAGGAGGAGGUGUUAAAAGUAGCCAAUAGCACCGACUAUGGUCUAGCCGGCUACUUCUUCUCCCGGGAUGUCAGCCAAAUUUUCCGAGUUUCCAAGAAACUACAAGCAGGAAUGAUCGGCGUGAACGAAGGUCUCAUUUCCACAGCACAAGCUCCCUUCGGCGGCAUUAAACAGUCCGGAAUAGGACGGGAGGGCUCGAAAUACGGAGUCGAUGAAUAUACGGAGAUCAAGUACAUAUGCUUAGGAGGUUUAGCUUGAGAAGAGACUUCGGUCGCGAUCCUUUUUGUCGAUCGAUCACUGUUAGAACUUCCGAAUGAACAUUUCGAAUUGGUGACAUCUUGAGCCGGGGACCGUCAUGGACGAAGGAGAAGCAAAAUCUAAGAAAUUCUGCAACCAUGUCUUCCAGUGUGCGCAUUCGAGCAUCGUGUGUAAUUGUUUCACAUUCUUCCCCCGUAGCACGAGACCACAACUCAGAGAUAUAUGCGGGGACGGACGACUCAAUAGCUCUUAGUAAAUCAAUGAUGUACGUCUGAUUGAAACGACGGGCAUUCCCUUCCAUAUUUUCCGUCAGGAUUCAAUCCAUACGUUUACUGAUGAUGAGUUCGGAUAUCAGGGAUUGCGUCCAACGCUGAGCAUGGAGUAAGGAAUAAAAGGGUGGGGAAGGGUGAAACCUUUCUUCACAAU